AUGUCUGGGGUAGCGAAUUGGAUCAAGGCGCAACGGAAGGGGGAUUUGAUGGAGCUUGCGGACUCUAUCGGACUCAAGUAUAUUGACGGCAUUAAGAAGACAGAACUUGAGAUUGCGCUUGAGGACUACCUGGUUGAAAACGAAUCACAACUCGCCAAAGAUACGCGCCUCAUACCAUAUUAUAACAGAAGAUCCGUUGGCUCACCUGUGAAGAAGGAACCUUCUUCUCACGAAGAUAUGGAUACGAAAAGAUCGUUGAGACGCAGAGCUAGACUUACGUCUGAGAUUUCGGAGGUCGAGAAUCAAACUAUUGACGAUUCAGAAUCCGAGCGAGCAAUCGCUCGCUCUAGCACAGCUCUUACACGAACUCUUCGCGUUAGCGCUCUUUCAUUCUCAACCGUCCCUCUUCCACCGUCUCCAGCCGUUGUCGCAGAUGUCAUCGAUCGCCGCACAGCAGUUUUACGCGCAAAAGCAAACGAUUACUAUAAGGACUUGGGUGUAGUUGAGGCUGUGGAGACUGCCCGUGAAACAGUGUCAACCGUCGUGGCUCUUGAGUUUAUUAUGCUAUUAUCAGAAGCACUACAACUUCAGCCAGAGCUUCUGGAGAACAAAUUUGCUUUCACAAUACCCGCGCUUGACGUUCUGAGUACAUCCGAAUUUGCGGUCAAAAUUCCGGAUUUGUUCCUCUUGUUGACCACGUCAUUCUGGGGUCCUUUUACCUUAUGGUUAUCCACGAGUCUUUUGCUUCCAUUGUUUGGGGCAUACUUUUUCAAUUUGACCAGCAAACCAAGCACACGAACCAAACGCUAUUCGUUUGACCCGUUGACAUUCAACAUCGUGAAGGGACUCCUAACAUUUGUGGUUUACGGACGAGACGCAACUCUUGGCGGACUCGUGAACCUUGAACACGUGGCUAGGAUUAAUUCGGCUCUCUACGGGGGUUACAAGAGUGUACUUGUUGGAACCGGUAUUGGGAUUCUGGUUACAAUGUACGAUGCUGUCUUGAAGAAAUAA